AUGGCCGACCAGAACCGCUUGCUAAACGAUCACAACGCCACGGUGCGGCCAGACAGCCCGGCAGCACACACCAACGACUUGAUCUACCUAGACGACGACCAGACCCUCUACAUCCUCCGUGCCCUCAUGCUCGGCGCCACGCCCACCAUCUCCGUCUUCGGCAUCAUCGGCAACAUCUUCAGCAUCAUCAUCCUCAGGAAACACGGACUCCGGAAGUGCUCGAACAUCCUGCUCUUCUCCCUGGCCGUGAGCGAUCUCACCUUCCUCGUCGGCUUCAACAGCGUGCCCAAACUCCUCUACGAGAUCGUGGGAGACGUGGAAGGGUUCCGCUACUCGUACGUCGAGUCCUACGUGCUCUUCGUGUUCUACCACGUGUUCCACAUCGUGGACUACGCCUCCGGGGGAACGUCCUUGACCCUACCGAUGCUGAUCACCUUCGAGCGCGUGGUCGCCGUGUUCCGGCCGUUGCAGUUUCAUACGAUCGUCACCCCGCGCCGUACCUGGGCGGCCGUGGUAUUUGUGUUCGCUUUCUGGUACACGUAUUUCAUCCAUACCUCUUUUUUCGUGACGCUCAGCUAUGAAAUGAACCCGGUUUUGAACCAAUCCAUCGGGCUUUUAGCCCGAUCCGCCUACCACUACGCCAACCCCCAAAACGCAGUAAUCCUAGAAGACGUAAUGUCGUACCUCAUGAUGAAAAUACCCCCGGCUGUCACUUUCCUCGGCUGUCUUAUCAUCGGUAUCCGGGUUCGAAUCGCUUCCAGCAGGAGACAAAAAAUGACGUCACAAACGUCAAAAGAAGCUUCUAGCAACCGGACGACCAAGAUGUUGCUUGCCGUCUGCUCCGUGUACACCGUAGCAUGCGGCAUCCUGUCGCUGCCGACCUACAUCCCCCAGUACAUGUACUACACCAUGACGAGUGACGCCCCCUCCAACUUCGGCAAGAUCAUGUAUCAGGUCAUCAACAUUGUCGUCUGCAUCAACAGCUCCGUCAACUUCGUCGUGUACGUGGCCAUGAAUAAAAACUUUAGAACCACUUACAAGUCGCUCUUUACCAGACAGGUUAAAAAUAAUUCCCUACCUCCAGUGUCACAGGUUAAAAAGUAA